AUGGACGCAGCUUAUGUGAAAUUUAUGAUGUGCCGGUGCCUUAUGAAUCGUGCGGAUUGGGGCUUAGCCAUUGGCUGCAUGAAUAUCGUGUACUCCUUUUUCCUCUUUCAAUUUUGGGCGGUGGAACUCUUCAGAUCCCUCAACAAUUAUUAUACCAUCAAGUGGGUUUUAUUGUACGGAUUCAACAUGAUGUUCAAUGUGAUCGCCAUGAUAAGGAUUGUGAAAAGGGAAAGUAUCUCGGUCUUCUACUGGAUGUGCGAAACAGGUGCACUUUUAAUAUUCCGAGUGCAUCACAUAUAUUACAACGUAGAUGAGUUUUGGCUAGCCAAAUAUUCGUUGUACCGCGUUUGCAACAUUAUAAUCGAUGCUUAUAUAGGAAUGUCUCUGCUGGCGAUGAUUUAUGUUAUGUGUGGCUUGAAGCUAGAGAGCCAAUUCCCCGAGGAAGAAAUGGAAAAUGAUUGCAAAUUCGAUCCAGAGUCAGCCAAAAGAGCUGCUCAGAAGGAUGAGAACGAGUUGCUAGCAAGGAAUCAGGAGGAGAAGUCGCACUUGGAACAGAGAAAGCUAGAAAGCGAUCGUGAAAUGGAGGAAUUAAAUCGCAAAGCCACUUUAAAACUGGCUCAGCUCGAGGAGGAGGGAUCCCUGUCCACACAGGAGAUAGCACCCACAGCACCCGAAGAGGAAAAUCUCGAUUCCAGCAUUUUCCUUAUGCCAGAUUUUCCCGGACCUUCAGCUCCGCCAGAAAGCAUACUCUCCAUCGAGCCGGAUUUCUGCUAUUAG